UGCCCUGCUUGUGCGUGUUUGUCUGCCUGGUGCAAAGUAGGUGAAUAAUUGAUACGUGGUUAUUAAAUGCAGGCAUACAUGAAGCAGCCAUGCGGUGCAGCCGCUGCGGCACGAGCUUUCGCCCUGUGUGCAGCGCGUGAAGACCUUCCACGUCCCGGCACGCGCAGCAACGGCAGUUCCCCUGAACACGCUGCCACCAUGCCCUUCACCAUCAUUAGUGCCGAACACCAAGUAGCAGGUUUCGCUAUUGCCACCAUAGGAUGGAUCCUGUCCUCAAUUUCCAUGGGCCUCGUGGAGUGGCGACUGUGGUGCAUGGACGACCCCUCGUUCUUCCCCACUGGCUAUGCUUGCGUGGGAAUGUGGAGAGUCUGCAUGUACCGCCAUCACACCAACAUCAGCACAGCCAAAUUGUGUCAUCGGUACACCUACUAUGAUGACUUUCUCCCUCUCGAUAUUCGUAUUUCUCAACACCUCAUGCUGCUUGCCAGCAUACUAGGGCUUGCGGGGAAAGCCUACAGCAUCAAAGCACUUUGGAACAUGCACUUGGGAAUUCUUCACAAGCGUAAAGCCUACUGUUCAUUUGUUGUUUCUGGGACUCUGAACAUGAUUGCUGGUCUCUGCAUCCUCAGUGCUGUGCUCUUGAAUUACUACUCUAUCACAACCUUACAGGGGAUUGCCUUCCCACCAUCUUUCCAACUGCCCUUCAAGCCAGAUACGCAGGAAACCGGGAGUGCCGCUGUCGUGUCAAGUCUAGGUGCCGUCUUGAAGCUGUUAAGUGGGUUUUUUCUUUUUUAUCGAUUUUCCCCGGGCAUCCGAGUGCAUCCCGAAAUAAUAGAAACAUGAAUUUCCUGGUUGUGUGGGCUUUGCAAAUCCAAGAUUCCCAGGACUUUAUGGCAAGUAUUACCAGGAUGAUCUAGCAAAUAUUUCCAAGGACUCAAGACCAUGGCAAAGGUAGUUUGGGACAGAAGGCAGCCAACUGUUUCAUUCUGUUACCUUGUGUGUCUGAAUGUGGUUCAUUGAUUGGUUACUUGAACUUUCAUUAAAAAUGUAUCUUGCCCACCUGCCCAUUGGUCUUAUUGGAUGGGGAC